AUGAACAAAAAAUUGUGGCAAAUCAGUUUAAUCGCGUUGAAUUCUUGGAAUCGUACACAAAUUUUGCGAUUCGCGAGCACGAAAUACAUUGCCGGCAUAUCGAAGCCGCCAAAUCAGUGCGGCCCGCUCGAUUUCACCGCGGAGAGCGAGAAGAACCUGAAAAAAAUGGCCGAAAUCGAAAAAGAAAAGGAGAAGCAGCUGCAAGAAAUGAAAAAGAAACGCGCGUUCUUCGGACCAAAUACACCACUUCCGUUUGGAAUUGUCAAUAAUGAUGAUGCGAAACUCUUCUGCAAAGAAUUGUUGCCAGGAGAGCGAAAAAUUUUGUUCGAUGCUCUGAGGAAAAUAACUGCUGACCAGUACAAUGAGCACCAGAAAGUGCAGAAAGUUGUCAUCGACUAUGAGGACUUGAAAAAAGUGUGGUAUCUGAGCUUCACUCCAGCGUUCGUCUACGGCCUUCUCGACGAGGCAUUUCUGAUAAUAGGAGGUGAUCAAAUCAAUCAGAUAUUUUCGGUCUACAACGGAAUGUCAAUGUUGGCUUCUGCAGCCGUCGCCAAUAUCAUCUGCAAUUUAGUUUUGCAAUAUCCUUCAACGCAAAGCUCGACAAUUUUGGGAAUCAAACGUCCAACCCUCUCAGCUGAUCAGAUGAACACGCCAGACUUCUUUCGAGUUCAAUUUGGAGCCAAUAUGAUUGGCCUUUGGCUGGGAUUAACUCUUGGAAUGAUUCCAUUGUUUUUCAUUGAUGACAAUUCGGAUAAUCGAGGAUAUCGCAUUGAUUGGCAUCAUAUGGCUGAUGCUCCAUUCUGCCGUGAUCUCUUCAGCCACGAAUAUUGCGAUCUCAAAGAGCACAAGCAAGAAUACAGUGGCGCGUCGGCGAAAUUGGUGAUCGAUACGCAUGCCGUAAUGCCAGAUGAAUGA